UCUAUUUCCACACUGAUUUUGGAAGCUUUGACGACAAAGCGAAAGUGCUUUCAGCCUUUCACACUGAUCACACAUCCAAAUCAAAAUCUCAUUUUUUUUACUCGGACGCCCCACUGAUUCUCCGUCCUCGCCCUUUUUUUUUUCCCCUGACUUUCUCGCCGGCCAAACAAGGGCAAAAACAGAAAACAAAGGGACCACCGCCAUGAGGCCUCCACGAAGACCGAUCCACACCGUGUCCGCAUGGGUUCGGCGGCAACCGCCCAAGGUCAAGGCCUUCCUGGCCGUCGUCUCCGGCAUGGCUGCGCUGGUGCUGCUCCGCAUCGUCGUUCAUGAUCACGAUAAUCUAUUCGUCGCAGCUGAGGCCGUUCACUCUAUCGGAAUUUGUGUUCUCAUCUACAAGCUCAUGAAGGAGAAAACUUGUGCUGGACUUUCACUCAAAUCCCAGGAAUUAACAGCUAUAUUCUUGGCUGUGAGAUUGUACUGUAGUUUUGUGAUGGAAUAUGACAUACACACUCUACUUGAUUCAGCUACAUUGGGCACAACCUUGUGGGUUAUUUAUAUGAUUCGCUUUAGGUUAAAGUCCAGUUACAUGGAGGAUAAAGACAACUUUGCAAUAUAUUAUGUGGUGGGACCCUGUGCUCUGUUAGCUUUGGUUAUUCAUCCAUCUACAUCGCAUCAUUUUGUGAACAGGAUUUUCUGGGCUUUCUGUGUGUAUCUGGAGGCUGUUUCUGUCCUACCUCAGUUGCGAGUCAUGCAGAACACAAAGAUUGUUGAACCAUUCACCGCUCAUUAUGUAUUUGCAUUGGGUGUUGCGAGGUUCUUGAGCUGUGCCCAUUGGGUUCUUCAGGUCUUGGAUACCCGUGGACACUUGCUAGUAGCUCUCGGCUAUGGAUUAUGGCCUUCCAUGGUUCUUAUCUCAGAAAUUGUCCAAACAUUCAUUUUAGCAGACUUCUGUUACUACUAUAUCAAAAGUGUUGUUGGAGGACAGCUCGUGCUGCGGCUUCCCUCGGGAGUGGUGUGACCAGUGAUCUCUUGUGCUAUACCAUAUGAGCAUACUGCCCCGAAAAUUAACUUAAGAAUAUAGGCCAUGCGGCUGGAUGCUCUUCUUUUUAAGUACCUCCUUCCUGCUCUACACGACGGUUCAUGUUAGUAUCUGGUUCUCUCUUGCAUUCGUGACUGAAAAUCAAAUGAGUCGAUUAUAAAGUUGGGGAUGCAUGAAUUGGGGUGGAUGUUUGAAUUCAAAAACACAGUUGAUUUUAUCACAGUUGGGUUAACUUAUUUUGUGUCAACACUGAUCUUGGGCUUAAAUCAAAUCUGGUUUAAGUGAUUUCAGAAUUGAAUAAUUGUUUUCUCCUUCC